AUGACUGGAGCCGCGGAUUCUGCCGGGAUAUACUACUGCACACAUUGGUUCAAUCCAGGUAACAGGGCUGAGUGUAACUAUGUGAAGGGGGGUGACCACUGUUACUACCUCGAUUACAACACGUCAGGAGUGAAGGUGAUAGGAGGAGUGUGUUACGACAACUGGGAUGGGCUCAAAGUCAACAAUGGAAAAUUCAACCGUUUGAAACAUGUGUUGGUGGUGAAUGCACUCAAGGCCCCUGGCUGGUGUACCUGCCUCACCCCCACCGUCAACAACUGCAACAAGUUUCCUGGAAACUACUGGGAGAACAUGAGGAUUAAGUAUUACAACACACCCGUCUUUAAGCAGCGCUGGCCGUGGUUCCAAACAGUCUGCAACCAGAGUCACAUCAACGGAGUGUACUGUAACAUGAAGGGAAACGUUCCCAACCCUUAUCUUCCAUGGGAGACUGGCAAGUGCAGCGGCAUUAUGGAGUAA